UGGGACACACACAGGUAGAACUGUUUGGCACACCUAACAUUGGAAAACACACAAGUAGAACUGUUUUGGCACACCUAACAGCGGGACACACACAGGUAGAACUAGAUGCAGCCAUGAUGUCCUUUAGACGUCGUAUUUCUGGUCUCAGCCCAGAGGAGAUUCGAAAUAUCCCCAAGGAGGAAUUGACAUUGCCAACAACGAUGGAAGACUUUACCGAGGCCAUCAAGAAAGUCAACAAAAGUGUCACGCAGGAGAGUAUGGAGAAGUACAAGAAGUGGAUGGAGGAGUUUGGGUCAGCAUGA